UCUUCAAAAUGUUUUACUACAAUUGCAUUUACUGACUGUUUUUUCCCCCCCUUUCUCCAUGUUGUCCAAUCUUCAUGUGGAUCUAGGGUUGUGGGGUGGUUGAAUUUAAAGAUGAAGAAUUUGUAAAGAAGGCACUGGAAACUAUGAAUAAAUAUGACCUUAAUGGCAGACCAUUGAACAUCAAAGAGGAUCCGGACGGUGAGCAUGCUCGUAGGGCACUGCAGCGGGGAAGCGGACAGUUCUCGGGAGGACACGGCCCCGAUGUAACGCCCGGCCUGAUGAACCUUCCACCUUCUAUUCUUAACAACCCAAACGUUCCUCCUGAGAUUAUCAGUAACCUGCAAGCUGGCCGGCUUGGGUCUACUAUUUUUGUAGCCAAUCUCGACUUCAAAGUUGGCUGGAAGAAACUGAAGGAGGUGUUCAGUAUUGCAGGAACCGUGAAGCGUGCAGACAUUAAAGAAGACAAAGACGGCAAGAGCCGAGGAAUGGGGACCGUGACUUUUGAGCAGCCGAUCGAAGCUGUUCAGGCAAUAUCUAUGUUCAAUGGGCAGUUUCUUUUUGAUAGACCAAUGCAUGUUAAAAUGGAUGACAAAUCAAUCCCUCAUGAUGAUUUCCGUGCGACAGACUCCAAAACGCCGCAGCUCCCCCGUGGCCUUGGAGGCAUCGGGAUGGGACUGGGACCUGGAGGGCAGCCCAUAAGCGCGACCCAGCUGAGCAUGGGUGGUGGAAUGGGAAGCGUGGCUCCAGGAGGAAUGGGAGUGGAUGGUCCGGGCUUUGGAGGAAUGAACAGAAUGGGUGGAGGUGUCGGUGGAUUCGGCGGCAUGAAAGCAAUGGCAAAUGUGGGAGGAUUCGGCGGAGUCAACCGGAUGGGAGGCAUGGGCAGCAUGGACGAUUUCAGAGGAAACCUUGGCAGCGGAAUGAGCGGUGGUCUCGGAACAGGCAUGGGGGGUAUGGCGGCAGGCAUGGGAGAAAUGUUCCGCGGUGGAAUGGGAGGGAGCAUCGAUCGUGACUUUGGACGAGGCGAUAUGGCAAUGAACCGCGGCUUUGGAGACUCAUUUGGAAGAAUGGGUGGUGCAAUGGUUGGUGGUUUUGCAGGAGGAUUGGGAGCUUCUAAUAUGGGCCCAGUAGGAACCGGAAUGAGUAGUGGGAUAAGCGGUAUGAAUAGUAUGACCGGAGGAAUGGGGAUGGGGAUGGGAAUGGAUCGCAUGAGCUCCACUUUCGACCGAAUGGGACCCGCCAUGGGAACUGGCCUAGACAGAAACAUCGACAUGGACCGAGGAUUUGUGCCCGGCCCGAUGGGGAGCGGCGCGAGGGACAGAGUCGGCUCCAAAGGCAACCAGAUAUUUGUCAGAAAUCUUCCUUUUGACUUGACCUGGCAGAAGCUUAAGGAAAAAUUCAGCCAGUGUGGUCAUGUAAUGUUUGCAGAAAUAAAAAUGGAAAACGGAAAAUCGAAAGGCUGUGGGACGGUCAGAUUUGACUCACCAGAAUCCGCCGAAAAGGCCUGUAGGAUAAUGAACGGCAUAAAAAUCAGCGGCAGAGAAAUUGAUGUACGCUUGGAUCGCAAUGCAUAAUUUAUAACCACAUGUUCAGGAACAUUCCUUUGUCUGU